GCGGAAGCGGAAGGAGCCCCUCGUCACAUGACUGUCAGGAGUGAAAACACAACAGGAAGAGUUUUUGUUGUGAACAUUUUCCUGCAGGAAUAAUCUCUGGCUUCAGCGUCACUUGGAUCUAAAAAAUAAAAGAGAAGAAAAUUAAAACUUUUGCAUGUCGGAAGUUUCGUUUCGUUGCGCGAACAAACCGGACUUCACUGAAAAUCCGCUGAACUGAAGCAGAUCCUGACGAUCCUCGGAGGAUCAGAGGCCACGAUGGGGUCUGCAGUGGAGAGGACAGACGAACAUGUGAAGGAGUAUCUGAUCUACAGAGGCUUCACCAACACUCUGAAACACCUGGACAGCGAGAUCAAGGCCGACAAGGAGAAAGGCUUCAGGGUGGAUAAGAUCAUCGAUCAGCUGCAGCAGUUCGUCCAGAGCUUCGACCUGUUCGGUCUGAAGGAGUACUGGCUCUACCUGGACAGACGCCUGUUCUGCAGACUGGAGGAUGUCUACAGAUCCACCGUGAACAAACUGAGGACCAGCCUGUACAGAUACUAUGUGAUCAACACCAUCCAGAAACAAAACCUGGAGAAAACUCAGGAGUUCUUCCAGAAGCAGGCGUUGGAGCUGCAGAGUCAAGCCGAGUGGCGCGAUUGGUUCAUCCUGCCUUUCAUCCCCGCCCCCGAGCAGAACUCCGCCUUCUCGCCGUACUUUUCCCGCCAAUGGGCCGACACCUUCCUGGUUUCGCUGCACAACUUCCUGUCAGUGCUCUUCCAGUGUAUGCCCCAGCCGGUGCUGCUGAGCUUCGACGCUGAGGUCCAGAAGAUGACGGGCGUGACUGAAGAGAACGAACAGCUCCGACAGCUGCUGUUCGCCCUGCAGACGGAGAGUCGGGACCCGAGGGACGGAGACGAGAUGGUCCACCACAAGCUGCCGCCAUACGUCCAGAACAUGGACCGACUGGGAGACACUGAGCUGGACUUGGUGUCGAGUCAGCGAGCCGUGAGCUCCGUCACCACUCCUCCCAGAAACUUCUUCUCAUUCCUACCACAAGGCCGACGCACUCCAGGAAAACCGCCUCAGGUGUCCACCGGUUCCUCUCCGAACCAGGCGGCAGUCGGGAGGAAGGACCCAUCGACCAAUCAGCCUCCAAAGUCUAAGGAGGUGGUCCAAGCUAAAGACGUGAAGCCGACUUCCAGCCAGCCAUCGACCAGUGAACCAGCAGGUUCCCAGCAGCCUACGAACCAGUCGGCGAACCAGAAUCCCAGACACAAAAGAAUCCAGGACCAUGAGAAGGAGAGGAAGGAGCUUUUCUCCAAACCUCCACUACAGACUCAAGAGAAAAAAGUGGAGUCGAUGGAGGCCGAACCUCCUGCCGAACCUCCCAGUGACCUUCCGGACCCCUCAGCAGCAGAGGGAGGAGGCCUGUCGACGGAACAGCCCUUCAUUAAGCUGAGCCAGGAGGAGUACGGAGAACAUCACUCGUCCAUCAUGCACUGCAGGGUCGACUGUUCCGGUCGCCGGGUCGCCAGUUUGGACGUGGACGGAGUCAUCAAGGUUUGGUCCUUCAAUCCCAUCAUGCAGACCAAAGCCACCAUCAUGUCCAAGUCUCCUCUGCUGUCUCUGGAGUGGGCGACCAAACCGGACCGGCUGCUGUUACUGGGCAGCGGCGUCGGAACGGUUCGACUGUAUGAUACGGAUGCAAAGAAGAAUCUGUACGAGAUGAACAUCGAUGAGACUCAUCCGCGCAUCUUGUCUUUAGCCUGCAGCCCCAGCGGAUCCUCCUUCGUGUGUUCGGCUGCAGCGCUCAGUCGAUCCGGAACCGUCUCCGGUCAGCUGCUGCUCUGGGACACGAAGACGGUCAAACAGCAGCUUCAGUUCUCUUUAGAACCUGAACCUGUCGCCAUCAACUGCACGGCCUUCAACCACAACGGGAACCUGCUGGUGACCGGCGCCGCCGACGGGAUGAUCCGACUGUUCGAUAUGCAGCGAUACGAGAGCGCGAUGAGCUGGAGAGCUCACGAUGGAGAAGUUUACAGCGUCGAGUUCAGCUACGAUGAAAACACCGUGUUCAGCAUCGGCGAGGACGGGAAGUUCAUCCAGUGGAACAUCCACCGCUGUGGAGUGAAGCAGUCGGAGCAGAUGUUACCCCAAGACGCCACCGGACCCUUCGUCCUGUCGGGAUACAGCGGAUACAAACAGGUUCAGGUUCCUCGAGGUCGACUCUUCGCCUUCGACUCUGAAGGUCAACAUGUUCUGACGUGUUCCAGCUCCGGAGGCCUCAUCUACAGACUGACCAAUGGGGAUCCAGCUCUGGACAGAGUCCUGUCGCUGGGCGGACACAAGGCACCUGUGGUGACGGUUGAUUGGUGCUCGGCGGUGGACUGCGGCACCUGUCUGACGGCGUCGAUGGACGGGAAGAUCAAACUGAGCACGCUCCUGGCUCAGAAGUCCUGACGGAGGAAACUGAUCGAUUAGUCAGGAACCGGAUCGAUAAACCGUCUGUCUCAUGAACCAACAGCAGAAACUCAUCCUGUUAAAUUCAGAUCAUCAUUAAAAUCUCACUGAAAGUUA